AAUCUUGGGCCAGCCAUUUUGUGUUUAACUGAGGAAGAAUUGUGAAGCAAAAACAGGGUAUGGCAAAAUGAAAUUAUUCUAUUGCCAUGGCAAAGGAAAAUUCGCCAGUCACAAUUUCGAUUUUCGGUGGAUUCUUGCACAGGAGGGCUGCGGCAGCAGACGAGAUCUCCCCUCCCCAAUUCUUAAACAAUGGCAGACGCAGAAGAAUUGUCACUGGAAGAGACAAACCGUCUGAGAAUCCAGGCCGGCCUGGCUCCCUUGGGAGAAGAGACAGAAGAUGUCAUUGACGAAGAUCAAGUUGCUUACGACAAUUAUCAGCAGCUAAAGGAAGAUCGGCAAAGAGAAAAGAACGCAAAAGAAGUGAUGGAACGUAUUGAAAAAGCCAAGAAUCGUCAAAAGGCAACCGAAAAACUGAAAGGAAAAGGUCUGGGCGAUGCUAGCGACGAUGAAGAAAGUGCAAUGAAGUGGAUUAAAAAGUCUCGAAAGCGCGAAAAGGAACUUGCAGAGAAACGAGCCCGUGAGCUGGCAGAAAUGGAUAAGGGUUUCGAAGGUGUUCAAUACGAUUCCGCUGAUCUCACUGGAAUGAAAGUGGCACACGACAUGGCCGAAUUCGAAGACGGUGGUGAGGUUAUUUUAACCCUUAAGGAUCGAGGAAUCUUGGACGAAGAAGACGAAGACGGGAUUGAGCUCACCAAUGUCAACCUGGAAGAACGCGAACGACUUCGAAAAAAUCAAGAAAACAAAAAGAAGAAGCCAGGAUACAAUGUAUACGACGAUGAAGAGUUCACGAUAGGUGGAGCAUCCAAGAACUUAUUGAGUCAGUAUGACGAAGAGCUAGAAGGACCAAAGAGAACUAGCUUUGUCAUUGGCCAAGAAGGCCGCGUGGGACAAGAUUCGCCCGCUCAACAAAAAGCCAGUAUUGCUCAAAAACUCAAGGCACAGGCAGUGGAUCUCUCAUACGAAAAGAUGCAGGAAGUCAAGGAUUAUUAUACCCACGAAGAAGCUGCGCUAACGUUUAAAAAACCCAAAAAGAAGAAGAAGGUUAGAAGAAGAGUGGCUCAAGACGACGAGGAUUCAGUAGAAAAUGGCACUCCAGCCAAUGUACAGCAAGACACUUCAUAUAUGGCCGUCGAUGAACAACCAGCCGCCCCUGUUAAAAAGAGCUUUGACGAAGAGAAUUUUGUAGAUGAUGAUGAUCUUCAGCAAGCUCUGGCAAGAACUCGACGAAUUGCCAAUAAAAAGAAACAACAGAUCCAACGAAUUACACCAGAAGACAUAGCUCGCAACAUUGCACAGCAACGGGAUACUGAGCAACUGGAUAAUGAAAAUGAAGACGAGGCAGAUAGUGGCCUUGUCAUAUCUAACACAUCUGAAUUCGUCAACUCACUUAGCAUGGAUCCCGUCAUAGAGAGAGAGAAGCGCGAAAGAGAAAGACAACAAGCUGAAGCUGAAGCAGCAGCGGCAGCGUCCAGUGCUAUAGUGACGGAAAUGCAACUGGAUAGUGAAGAGGAUGUUGACAUGGAAAACGCAGAAUCGGCGGACAUGCCUCAUGAAAACGGCGAAAAUGAAGAAGAAAUAUCGGCAGUGGUAGACGAACCUCUUGUCAGUCGCGGUAUGGCAGCAACACUUGCUCUCUUGAACCAAAAAGGAUUUAUUGCUAAGCCCACAGAGGAUCAAUUGCAAAGAGAAAAACAUGCUGCUGGUCGCCUUAAAUGGAUCGCUGAGCAGAAACGAAAAGAUGCGCAGCGUGAGCGAGAACGAGAACGAGAUCGCCUACGUGACAAAGAGCGCGACAAAGGACGAGAAGGUCGCGGCCGUGACUAUGAGCGCGAACGUGAGCACGAACGAGAAGUUGAAAAAGAAAGAAAGGAACGAGAGCGUAUGAAGGAAUACGAGCAACGCAUGAAAGAUUAUAAACCGGAUGUUAACAUUGAAUAUACUGACGAAUUUGGAAAAGUCAUGACACCAAAGGAGGCGUACCGGGUACUUUCUCAUAAAUUCCAUGGUAAAACCUCUGGCAAGGCUAAAACGGAGAAACGGUUACGAAAAAUGCAAGAAGAGCUUGCCCUCAAUAGCAUGGGUAGUAGCGACACUCCACAUAAUCUGGCGGCUGCCAUGAUUGACAGACAGGAGAAGACCGGUAGUGCACAUUUUGUACUCAGUGUUGGUAACCGCGGUGUUCUUCCUGGAGACGAAGAUAAUGCUGCUAAGAAACGCAGGACAGAAUAGUAGUCAACGUCCCCAAUAAAACAAACGAUUGAUCAGUGUGGGUAUAUUUAAGAACCUUUUGAGUAGUUUAUUUAUACGUGGUUGAUACAGUCUAAUUGCAACAUAAACAAGAAUGAACCUUGCUCUA